AAGAGAAAAUUACCUGGUGGACGAGGCAAAUUUUUCUCCUUAAAAAUGAGAUAACUUUUUUAUUUACAAACUAAUCUUUUCCUUUCCACUAGAACGUGAAUUUUAUUUUCUUAAUCCCCUUCGGAGAUAUUCUUCGCAAUAGACUCAAUCAAUUUCUCUUCUCUCUUCCCUUUUCACUUCACAGAACACACGCACACACCAACACUUCAUAUAUAUAUAACCUCCCAUCCCGUAUCUUGUUCUCUCUUCUUCUUAGAUCGGUCGAUUGAGAAUGGCGAGCACCGGAGAGAGGUACAACAACCAAGCUUGGUGGAAUGGGUUCGUCGAGUACAAAUUCACGGCUAUCAGGUGAUUGUGAGGGGCGUAAUCUAAGUGGUGAAAAACGGCGGAGAGAGGCGAUUUCGAUGGCUCCGAUUUUGGCGUUUUCCAACGACGGUGCGAGGGACAGAGGAGCAAGUAAGCAGUCCGAUCUAUCGGUGAAAGAAAGUACCAGCAAUUCCCUACCGCUUUACUUCGACGAGAAGCCUUUUCUUUUUGAUACCGCCUUUUUGGCUAUUCUCGUAAUGAGGAGUAGUAGAUUCGUUCCAGUUGUUGGAUCUGAACUCCACGACUUGAAUCAGGGACUUGCCAUGGAUACGAGCGGCGUGUCCCGGGGCGAGAAGCCACGCUUUGCUGUUGAUGGUCAUUUCGAAAAAGGAUCGAAAAAAGCUUUCCGACGAGUGACGCGCCAGCAGAGGUUCUCCGACCAAUUAUUUGACGACUUAGAACUUGCAAUACCGGGGAAAAAAAGCAGAAGUCCCAUCUGCUUCCUAGGAAAAUUCAGUAAGCCAAUCUCUUGGAAAGUGCUUCCUUCAUUCGCUUGGGCGAAGAAAGAGGAGCAGGAACAACAGGUUGUCCUCUCCCGAUCCCAUUCCACCAAAAGAAAAGGAUAUGAGCUCUUUUUGUCGCUUUCCCUCACCGCUAACCUCGAGCUGCCGUGCCUAUCCCAGACCCCUAUUCAUGAAAGCGAGCAGCUUCGGCUCAAACCGAAUGAGGACUGGGAGUAUCUAGUAGUGGCCGGGCAGGAUCUUCUCGUGGUGACUCAGUACGUGGUUGACUCAUUUGAAUCUGAUGGAUUGUAUGUUGACGACAGAGACAUAGAUGACUGGACCUACCUACGAGGACUUCCAGGUGUGACUAUUGAUUUUGAUGUUCGUAAAUAUGACCCUGAGGAUAUGGAUGUUAAGUACGUGGAGGGUUCGUCUUUGGGUGGUUGGGCUCUUUUUGUCGGCUUCCACAGCGAUGCGGUCGCAUUGCCAGCAGCCGAGUUCCCGGAGCUCAACCCCAAUUCCAUUUACUUCACGGAUUCACAAGAAGAUUGCAAGAUUGAGUAUUACCCAAUUGGUGGCCAUGACAUUGGCAUUUUCAAUUAUGAGAACAAGACUGUGUUGCCAUGCUAUUAUCCAUGUGAUGCUAAGAACCUGAGAAAGACUUUCCCACCGCCUAUGUGGUUCUUCCCAAGUCGUGAAUGA